AUGUCAUCCAGUGGUGCCACUGGCGGAAUUCUUAAAGUGGCCUUGCUGAGCGGCAGGCAAACGGAGGUUCCUUUCGCUGCCUCGGACACACUGCGCUCUCUUGGCCCAGCGAUCCUCAGCCAGCUCGAGUUGGAGCCGAUGGUGGUGUUUCAUCCGACCCCACUUCGUUAUCUCAGAGGCACAGAACAACUGCAGCCCGACCAGCUAGUUACAGCCCUGGACCUGCACCCCGGUGAAGUGCUCACCGUUAUCGCGAGUACCAAUAAGAAGGAGAUCUAUGCCAUGACCUUCAAAAUCUGUUUCAAGUUCACGGACGACGUCGUCCUCCGCGCUCGCCUGGCGCUGUCGGAGGCUUACUCCUUCAGCCUCGAGAUGCUGGGUAGGGUGGAUGGCAAUGAGGUCGACUGCGAGAUCCACGGCACAUGGUCGGUAGAGCUGAAAGACCAAGACCCUCAACGAGAAGCCGUGGUCUUACGACCCUUCGGUGCCCAACUCGGCAUGCCUUUCUACUUCGCGCAUAACAUCGCAAGCGCUGCGAGCUCCCUACCACGCCGUUUCGGCGGGGGCAUGCGAAAGCCCGUGGGACUUCCCAUAUCGUGGUUUCAACAUCCGGGUCCCUUACACUGGAAAGCAGGUCCGAAGGACAAUGGUGACGCCGUUGUGCGUUUGCUGGAUCCGGAUGCCCCCAUGCGCACGCUGAGGCAGGUAGUCGAGGAGGAGAGGAGCCAAAGCGUGGAGAGGUUGGGUGCUGCCAUGGCGCGGUUGCGUGCUGCCCGCACUCACUAG